AUGCAGAUCAUCGAUUUCAACGUGCUAGAAGGAUGGACCAGCUUCCAUCCCUCCCUUCACUGGCUCCUUGCAGAUCUGUUGAAGCAGAUUGAGGUGUCUAGUGUCCGCUGGUCUAGUAGCCAUGGCCUCGCGGUGCUCGUUAUGAUCGCCCAGAUCAGGGCAGGAUUAUGGUCAUCUCUCAUCAUCCUCGAUCCCAAUACCAUCAUUAUCUCUAUCCUCAACCGUUUCGGCCUCCUGUCAUUUUUCUGCGGUGAAGUCGAGAACUGUCCUUAUGAGGGCGUCCAUCUUCUGAGCAUGGUCGAGGAGCUUUUCUACGUCCUCAUGACUAUUCUUGGCGAGAGAGCCAGCGCCACCAAGCUUCCGUUCCAACGUGCCAUCCGCCACCUCGAGUGA